AUAGCUCUGCUUCCACUUAUCAGUGACAACAACAUUUGUUUUAAAUUUGAGCUCGGUCUGAUUAGUGAGAGUUUAAGUAAACGAACUAGCGCACUAGCCAAAGUUAUAAGAGUGAGCUUACGCGGCAAACUCAACUCAUUCGCCGAAACUCAGUUAGUUUGUGAGCAUCGUUUGAGCAACUGUGACCAUGGCGAACUUGCGGUGGAUUAGAAAUCUCGCCAUAUUCCUCAUACUGAGCAAUUUUUUGGUGUUCGCGCUGUUGCUGGACUUGCCGGCUUUGCAUGGCUACGCGCAACUUGCCGAACGAGUGCGCAUCUAUGAAACGAUGCGCGCCAAUAUCUUGGAGAAGGAGUCAAAUAAUCAACUUGGCGGACGCGUGUUGCUCAACGCCAAUGAACGCGUCGUCAAUGAGUUGAUCAUGCUGGAGAAGCAGCACGAACUGGAGUUGGGUUUGAAAAACAUAAGCCACUUUCAGGUGGCGCAGCAUUUUUUCCGCUCAUUUGAGAAAAUUGGCAAUACGACGCUCUUUCGUUACCUUAAAACGAUGCCAAAAGGUGGCGUCUUGCAUGCGCAUGAUAUGGCGUUGUGUAGCAGUCAGUAUCUGCUAUCGUUGACCUAUCGUGAGCAUUUGUGGAUUUGUGUUGCAAAGAGUGAGACGCAAGAGUAUAAGAUGUUACGCUUCUCUUUGCUGCAGCCGCAGAACGAAGAGUCGUGCGACUGGUCAUUGCUGAGCGAAUUGCGAAAAAGUGUGCUCAGCGAUGUUGUCGAUAAGAAGUUGCUGGCGCAGUUGACUAUGUUUCCGCUAGAGCAUUUUCCAAGCGAGGAUGGGGUCUGGAAGCGUUUCCGUAGCAUAUUUCGGCUUGUGGUGGGGCUGCUGACAUAUGCGCCAGUGUGGGGCGACUACAUUUAUAAAGCGUUGGAGGAGUUCUAUGCAGAUGGCGUGCAAUAUUUGGAAAUUCGUUCCGUCUUGCCGAUACUGUAUGACUUGAGUGGCGGUAACUACACCCUUUUGAAUACGACACGUGCAAUGCGCGAUGCUGAUUUGCGAUUUCGCGCUUCGUAUCCAGACUGGAUUGGUUCACGCCUGAUUUACGCACCGACAAGAAAAGUGUCCGAUGCUCGUUUCGUAGAAUAUUUGGGCAAUGCGUUGCUGCUGAAGUCCCACUUCCCCGAUUACUUCGCUGGCUUCGAUUUGGUGGGUUGGGAAGAUGAGGGUCGCCCCUUACAUGACUACACUCGCGAGCUGCUUGCUCUGCAAGACGAAAUCAAUUUUUAUUUUCAUGCCGGCGAAACGAAUUGGUAUGGUACCAACACCGAUGAAAAUCUGCUCGACGCCGUACUUCUCGGCACGAAACGCAUUGGACAUGGUUUGGCGCUGCUCAAGCAUCCCGAAGUAUUGCAAUUGGCGCGUUUACGAAACAUUGCAAUUGAAAUAAAUCCAAUAUCCAAUCAAGUACUGCAAUACAUUGGCGAUUUGCGCACACAUCCCGCCGCUGUGCUCUUUGCCGUUAAUUAUCCUGUGGUCAUUGCCUCAGAUGAUCCCUCAUUUUGGAAAGCCACUCCGCUGACACACGAUUUUUAUAUGGCGUUUAUGGUCAUCGCGUCGCGAAAAGCAGACCUUGGCCUGUUGAAACAGCUAGCUUCGAACUCGAUUACUUACGGUGCCUUCAGUGGCAGUGAGCGCGAGGCAGCUUUCGAAAAAUGGUAUAAGCGUUGGAACCAUUGGAUUGACGAUAUAAAUUCGCAAUUUUAAUGAGUGGAUGUAUUAGUAAAAUUUGUUAUGUAAAAAUUGAAAAAUCGUAAAUGUUCGUGGUGACAAAAAAUAAAAAUGAAGUGGUGAGAUUUUGACCGAGCCACUUGGCUCUUUUGGGUCUUAUAUGCUAA